GCGGGCGGACGGAGCUGCAGGUUGCGGGAUGGCUGUCGCCGGGGCAGUCCGAAGCGCUGGCUCGUGGAACAGGAGCCGCCUCCUGCCCUGGUUGCGGAGUCGCGCGGAGCUGACGGGCUGGCCCGGAGCCGCGGUGCCAGCGUCGGCGAACGGCCCGGCUCUCCCGGCCGGGGCCCGGCUCCCCCCUCGCUGCCCGCAGGGCGCCGGCGUCCACACGUCCGCGGCUCGCUGGGCAGGUCACAACAAGUGGUCGAAAGUCAAGCACAUUAAAGGACCAAAAGAUGCGGAAAAGAGUACAAUGUUUGCCAAGUUUGCAGCUAUGAUCAGAUACGCCGUGAAAGAGGGAGGCUCCAACCCCGAAGGUAACACUCAGCUGGCAAACCUCAUAGAGCAGUGCCGAGCUAAGAACAUGCCCAAAAUGUCCAUCGAAGCUGCCAUCAAAGGCGCAGAGAAAGGAAAAGCCACAUCUUAUUGCCUGUAUGAAGCCAGAGGCCCCGGAGGAUCAUUUUUACUCAUUGAACUUCUCACAGACAACAACACCCGGUCCCAUCAGGAACUAAAGAGCAUCAUGAAUAAAAAUGGGGGGUUGCUGAGUGACGGAGCACGGCAUUGCUUCGAGAGGAAAGGAGUGGUGACUGUCAACGGUCUGGAUAAGGACAACUGUGAGAUUGAGCUGGAGCAGGCUCUCGAGUUGGCAAUCGAAGCUGGGGCAGAAGACAUUCAGCAUUCUGUGGAUGAAGAGGACAAGGUGAUCCUUAAGUUCAUCUCUGAUCUAGCCUCUCUGCGGGAGGUGCGGGAGAGGUUGAGUGCGAUGGGACUGCUGACGCUCUCUGCCGGUCCCGAAUUCAUCGCUACUAGGAUUGUCCAGCUGGCUGACGCUGAUCUGGAAACAGCGUUUAAGUUAAUUCAAGUGCUGAACAGCAAUAACUCUGUGGUUAGAGUGUACGACAACAUUGAGUCACAGAGCUGACAUCGCUGUGGGACAGAGACACAGAGAGAGAGAGAGAGAGAGCCUGGCGGGCUAGCUGGACUUUGUGGAGAAUUAUCUGCUAUCGGAGAGGAUGUAUACCAUGCAAGUAAGUCUGCCGAACUCGGAUGAAACUGGCAGAAGUCAUUCACCAACCAAAAGGUCUGGUUGGGAUUAAGUGAGCUGUGUCAAUACAUUUUAUUGCUGCCCCCCAUCUCAGCCAAAUCAUAAAAUCAUGAACUGUGAUCAUUUGAGCGAUUCCUGGAUCUUCAGAAAUGCACUGCUCGAAACCAACUGUAAAAUAUAACCUGAACACCUCCACCCUCCCUGUGUGUGAUCAUUGUGGUUGGUAGAUAAAGUUAUAAUAUUUCACGUACAUGGUUGACAUCUCAAAUUAUGUAAGAACAUCAGAUGAAAGCUGACUUGGGGAAUAGUACAUAUUAUAGUACAAAUAAAACAAUUUUUCCCUUAAA